UGUAUGAUUGCACAACCCCUGGGGGAUGGCCCUAGCAGCACAUCCAUACAAUACACACACAGUGAGUCACAGGAGGGGUGGGUACAGUGUGUAAUACUGUGUGUGAUCACAGAGCUCAGAGAAACCAAAUGCAGUGUGGAGCUCACAGCAGCUGCAUGCACUAGUCUCACCCCAGGACCCCCUGCCCUGCAGAGACUGGACAAGAAAGGGAGCAGAGCCACGUGCAGGGGGGAUUUAAAGUCUCUCUGCGCCAGGUGUCCUAGGGGAUUUAAACUCUGCUCCAGGUGACAUUGCAUACUGCCUGCACUGACCUAACCUGGACUCUGGGAUCUGGCACUGGUGGAUGUCUGCUGUUGCUGCUUUGUGAAGGCUUGUUUCCUUUGUUGCCUGUGGGUUUACCAAUGAUUGCCAACGUGCAGAGGGAGAGCCGGUUGGGGGCCCCUAGGUUGGCCCCCUGUAGACCCCGCUUCAAGAGACUGGAGAGUGAUGAGCCUCCGGCUAAAUGCCUCAGGCUCAGCGAGACCCCCCCGGACAGUGGCUUACUGCCCUCCCCUGGAUCCCCUCACCCCCCAACUCCCCACAGUGGGACCCCUCAACACCAAGGACCUACCUGUCUUGGGAACUACCUGCUGCUACCAGCUGGGGACCGGGAGCAUGUCUCCAGAGCCCUGAACCUGCACACGGGAGAGGAGCUGCAAUGCAAGGUGAGCCCAGGCCAUGAGGGUGCCCCCUCUACCUACCUACAUUCUGUACUUACCUACCUACUCACUGGGGUGCUAGAGGGCAGGUAGGCUGCCUUCCUGUAUCAGCCUGCCUCCUGCGCCCACAAAUACUGACCCCUGCACUUACUAUGGGAUACCUAUCUCCUGCUCUGCAUUAUAUAAAUAUUGGGGUGCUGUCCCCCUCACUCACUCAUUAGGGGUGUUUCUCAUUCAUUCACAAUGGACUGUUUUGUGUGAUUUUAAACCUUCUAUUAGAUGGCUAAAUCUCUGCUGUUUGGAAUGAUUUGACACUUUUUGGGGGGUUAUGGGUGUAAUUGUCUGCCUCCUCUGCAAAUUGGGGGGAUAGUUUGGUGGAACCUUUUAUUUUUAUUGGAGUGGGGUGAUGUAUACAUAUAUCCUGUUAAUACUCUCUGGGGACCCGGCUAAUUGUUUCCUGCACUGGCUCUUGAGAUCCAUCAUGAACAAAAACAAUGUAUCACCUUUAUACCUGUGCUCUUAAAUAGAGUAGACCCUAUUCUCUUCUGCACGCCCCCCCCCCCCUCACAGUAUUCCAUUAAGACCCCAUUACCUUCUUAGGGCACACAAUGUAAUAGGACUUUUAUAUACACAGGGCAGCUGAGGCAGCCAGAUUCUCUGCCAAUUUAUUUCUCCCCAUGUAACUGUCAAGUGAUGUACAUAUAUGUGGUAUUAGUGCCCCCUGCCAGCUCCCCCCUCCCUGCUUCCCCACACACACAUUUCUGUGUACCUGGUUCUAUGGUCACUCACCUCUAAUAACAAUAGUCAGGACCUGCUGGGUUUAAACAGCUCUUUUCUGCCUGAGUGCUAACACAAAGAAUUUGCAAUCUCAUUAGUCUAAGCAUUGAAUUUAUCAAGCUAAAAAGCAGUCACAUGCUAAUUCUUGCAGUGUUGGCAUAUUCAAAACAUUCCAAGCUCAGUCUGUCUCCCCACUUUGUUAUUUUCUAAUUUAGUUUUUUUUUUUUUAAACUUUUUUUUUGCUUUGAAAUCAGGUAACAAGUGAUGGUAGCUGCAGGGUUCAGUCUGGGGGCCCCUCUGUUUAUUCUGUAACUACCGCCUCUGUAAAAAAUUAGAAUUUCUAUCACACAUUCUUUUACCAAUUGUAUAUCUUAGUGUGGCUUGACAAAUUACGUCAAUGUUGAGCCUAGCCUGGUAGGCGCUGAAAGAUGUGGAAUACUGAACACUUCUUUCUACUGCUUUCAGUCUUGGGCAUGCCAUAGGGAGUUUUGGAUAAUUCCCAAUAGUGAUUCUAUUUCCCUUGGUUGCUGCUGGUUUCCCACAAAACACUGGUAAUCUCUGAUCAUCCCAUUAAAAACAAGGAGCCUCCUUUUUACUAAUACAUAAUGUCUCUUGUGGUACAUCCUGUUUGUUAUAGUAAUAGCUGUUUAUUAAAUGUUUAACCAAAAUAAUAACUUUACCAAACUUUUAUAUUAUACCCACCGGAGAUUCUAUAUUUUUAUUGUAUACAAGUACUUUUAUCGCCACUGGGAUAAUGGUCGAUUUUUUUUUUCUCCCCAGAUUGUUCUCUAAAUCUUGACACUGUACACAUAUUAAAGCUCAGUCUCUGUUAGAACGUUUGGUGCUGCAUACAUUUCAGGAAUUUUAAAUAAUUCUGUUGUUUUUCCUGUUGUUGCCCUACUAGGUCUUUUCAUUAAAACACUACCAGAAACAGAUCGAGGCUUACGUCCAGUUGCCCUGCCACCCAAACAUCACAGGGGUAGUGGAAGUUAUUCAAGGGGAGAGCAAAGUCUACGUGUUUUUCGAAAAGGACUAUGGUGACAUGCACUCUUACGUCCGGAGCUGCAAACGACUGGGAGAAGAAGAGGCGGCCAAGUUAUUCAAACAAAUCAUCUCUGCUGUGUCCCAUUGCCACCAACAUGCAGUUGUCUUAGGAGAUCUCAAACUGAGAAAGUUUGUGUUCUCCGAUAAAGAGAGGUGAGAGAUUGCUUUAUGUAACAAAAACAAUAACAUUCAGUCUUGACAUUUUGUAGCUAACAAACAUCUGUAGUGCCAACCUUGUGCCAGCACUGCCCUGCAGAUUGCUAGCCUAGACUUUAAGGACCGGACCUGGUUGAUGGUGGCAGGUAUUGCAAUAAUGCCUGAUAUCAAGAUGAUUAAAAUAAGUUUUAUUGACUUUGAGAAAUAGAAUAUUUCCAGUGCUAUAAAUGUUUUAAACCAUGCGUGGCCUAGAUAACAUGCUGUUCUAUAAAUAUUGGACCUGCUGUAAUUUUUUCAGCUAACACAGGAUGUUAAAUGCAAGUGUUGAUAGACACUUUACGACUGUCUUCUCUUUUAGCAUGACAUAAUUUUGCAUAACCGUGUGCAUGCCUUCCUUGGGUUACACGUUGCUCUACAAAUGUUUGAAUGUCACGGUAAAGCUGAAUGUGGCUGGUUAAACUGUCUAAAUACUUAGCUUUUUUAAUUUUACCGUCUUUCUCUUGCGCUCAACUUACAGAUCUUAGCAUAUUUUGGAUGUAAUCUACCAGAGCUCUGUGAUUAAUGGGUCUGCACAUAGCAAUGACAACAUUUACUCUUCUGUGUAAAGUGCAGCAAGAUUAGCUUUGCCAGGAGCCGUUUCUGUUUUCUUGUGGAUGAGAUAUUUGCUAAUGCAAUGCCCUUGGUAUGUGAACUGACUGAGAUAAGUGUGAAGUCCCUUCACUGAAGGGAAAGGGCUGGUUAUAUUUGGGGCAGGACGAUUGGAUCUAUCUAAGGCUUGCGGUUUUGGAGCUGUUUUUGGAGUUUAAAUCAGAACGGCGUGCCAGAUGCAUGAUAUAAAAAUAACAAUAAUAACUAUAUACCCGAGUGGAGCGAUGCCUAACCAUAGCAUUACAGAUGCUCCCUCGGCCCCUGCAGGGAUGUGUGGAAAUAUUUGAUUGUGAGUUGACUAACAGUGGAGUCAGUCGCUGUCGAAAGAGUCACGUUGCAGACAGCUCACUAAUUUUGAAACUUGACAUUGCAAUGCUAAUAAUAAUGCCGAACGCGUCACAUUUGUCCACCGUGGGCUAAGCCAUUUGUGACGGGUAUGUAGUGUGAUACAGGCACAGGUGCAAGUUUUGAGUCUGACAGCCGCUAGUGGCUGCCAAACAGUGGUGUGGAGUUUGAGUAAUAUUUUCCGUUUGCUGAACCGUAGGCACUUUGCAGAACAAGAGGUCAGGCUGAGGACAUCAGGAAAAUAGAGAAAGGGGCAAAUUUACCAAAUAGUGGAAGAAAAAUUUUUUGUUUGUUAUUAAGAUUGUUAGCAACUUGCAACCGUGGCUCUCCAGAAUAACAUUGCAGUUUUAUUUAAGUUUCCAUUAAAAAAAAAUAAAAAAAAAAUGUGGCCAGCCUAAUAUCCUAAUAUAUAUAUGUAUAUAUAUUUAUAUUAAAAAAUGAACUUGAGCAUUAACCUUAAAACCUUAACGGGAGGAAAUCCCAUUCCUAAUUCUCUGCUUAAAAUCCAAUUUAUUCCACUAGGAAUAAAACUUUGAUUACAAAUAGGCCAGAAUGUAUUACUAUCGGUUUCACUGAAAUGGAAAACUAAUUAUUUUGGCAUUCAUUACAAUAAUGUGAAUGAGAAUUGCUGUAGUCAGCACCCCCCAAUUAAUGACGUUCUCCUAGUCGUGCAUAUUUUAAGAAUUUGUGUUGGCAGAGGAUUCCAGCUGAACAUGCAGUUCCUGAUAUGACCACUAGAGGCUUCUGGUAUAAGACAGGUCCAUCAGUUGCAUUCCUCCAAGUGAGAAAUGUGACUCGUUCUCUGCACAUACAUAAAUAUGUCUAAUGAAAAAACUCUCAACUGAUUUCCAGCAAUGCAUUUCUUUUAUGUUCUAAAAAACACUUCACGUUAUUUUUUUUUUCCUCAAUAAACUGACCUUGUCAUUCUUUUUAUUCCAGGACUCGGCUGAGAGUAGAAAGUCUCGAGGACUCUCACAUCAUGAAAGGCGAUGAUGACGCUUUGUCGGACAAACAUGGUUGCCCAGCUUACGUCAGCCCUGAAAUCUUGAACACCACUGGAACUUAUUCUGGGAGAUCAGCAGAUGUGUGGAGCUUAGGUGUGAUGCUAUUCACGCUUUUGGUGGGACGCUACCCAUUCCAUGAUGCAGACCCGAGCACGCUGUUUUCUAAAAUCCGCCGUGGACAGUACUGUAUUCCAGAUCACAUAUCUCCCAAAGCCAGGUGCCUUAUACGCAGCCUUUUGAGGAAGGAGCCUUCUGAGCGACUCACUGCAGAAGAGAUUUUAUUACACCCCUGGUUUGAAGCAGCGUCUCAGCCAGGGUACGCAGAUCCAAACACUAGCAGUACGGACCAGCUCGUACCCGAUAUACCCCAAAACUAUGAUGAUAUAGAUUCCUUCUUCUGCUAGUCCUCAUCCCCGCUUCCAGGAAUUCUAUGUCCUCAUUGACUGUACCUAUGUGGCAGAUUGGUCUUGGGACUGAAACAAAAAAAAAAAAAACUACAAAUGUUGACCUCAUGGUGCCGAGGCCUUGCUGUAUUUGCCAAUUUUAUUAUGCACCCUACUGACUUUGCCAAUAAUUAUACAGUUUGCAAGAGCUCUGGGGAAAAUGUUUUGCUUUUCUUCAAAUUAAGAUUUUCAAUUUCAUUUUUUUUCUAAAAAGAAAAAUCGCCACAGUAACAAUUUGAGUUUCAUUCAUUCAUUCAAAUUUGAGAUCACAAUGAAAUGGACUGUAUUAGUAUAAUUUGACAUUGUGAUGGUCUCAAUGCUGAUUAACCCUACAAUUUUGUGACUACCAAAAGCAGUAAACAUUGCACCCCUACAUUGUCCAUCGGAGGAUCAAACUUUUAUGGUGUUUCAUGAAAUACUCCUUCUGUAGCUGAUUUAUUUUUCACUGGAUCAUUGGUUAAAUAUAAAAUUUCCUGUUCUAAAUCAAAAUAAUUAUUACAUAUCUGUUUUAUAACACAUUAACUCUACGAGUCAUAAGAAAUUGCAAUAUAUGGUUGCGUUGUGGUCAUGGUGCUAAAAUUCGAGUGAAAUUUGGUUUUCCUGCAAUUGCCAAAUGUUUUGGAGCCAAUCUAUUUCCCUAUUUCUCAUAGUUAAACAAAGAUCUUGGAAAUGAAAUCUAGACUGACCUUAAAAAAGAAAAUGUCACCUGGUUUAAGUCCCUGUGAUUUAGCAUGGAUUUUAGAAAGCUGUUCUGCUUUAAUUGUGUUAGUGCAGUGGUUGGUAAUAAUUAAAAAAAAUAAAAAUAAAAAGAACAAAAGAUUUGCAAUUACUGUUAUUGGAGGAGAUUUGUCCAAUAACAGUCAGACAAUUUAUUUUACUUCAUUGCAAUAAAAGGAAGGUUGUUAGAUGUUCACAAUUUAAUUUGGUAACAAUAUAAUGUUUCCCGUGUAGUCAUUAUAUCUCAGAUAUAAAAUGGUGUCCAUUAUUACAAAAUAAGGUAAACAACACUUUUUAGAGAGUAAAGAAUUUCUGCCACACUCCCAGAAUACCAUGCAGCGACAUGCAAAUUAGAGCACACAAUAUUGUGGUUCCUUUUGGACCACCCUGCUGUUUUGUACACAGCUUUAGGACCAAAACGGAGAUAUGCAUAUGUGUGACGAUUCAGCCUGUCAUUUUAACUCUUGUUUUAGGCGCAUAAAUCAUAUAUAUUGUUGCAUGGCUCAACAUUCUAUAAUGAUUGAGUUAAAAAAAAUCUAUUAUUUUCCCUUAUAAAAUUACUUUUGAAACUUUUAAAUAAGACUCACGCAAAUCAGGUGGAGCAUCAUUUAGCCCCUCCUACUUUCCCUUCAUGAGGUAUCUGCAAAAAUUAAACAAAAAUGCUCUAGUACCUAUUAACGAAAAUGUCUUGAAGAAGGCAGGUUUAAGUCUUUUUUUCUUUUCAAAAUUAUGCAUGAGAGGAACUGCAAAUGACAGAUAUGGUUUUUUUCCCCCUCCAUUUUAUUUCUUAUUUUUGUUAUUGUUGUACAUUGAGAGAUAAAAUUCGUAGAGCAGAGAUUUGUAAUGUGAAUAACUGUUGGCAAAACUGUCACAAAGUAAAUCGUGAGCUAAACCAAGAGGACCCGUGGCCUCUUUUGCACUAACAGCUACACGGUUGUUUGACUUUUGUAUCUGUGAUACGUUGUACAUAAUGACAGUAGGCAUUUGCUGAAAAAAAAAUUACAGAAAACACUAUUGUGUAAAUAUGUUCAAAAAUAAUUAUUGUUCAAUUUGUAAGUACGUUGUAAUAAAUAUUUUUUUUUUAAAGUUUCUUUGUAUUUUUUAACCUUUUCUUUUUCAUAGUGAAGACCUACUCACACUGUGUCUUACAGUGGCCAUCAUGUGUAAAAAGUUCUAAAAGAAUGCAAUGUUUUCCUUCAUUCUAUUGGUUUCCAUGGCGAUUCUUAGUAGUAUUAGUAGUAGGUAGUGACCC